AGAUAGGCUCCAUCCAUUGUUUAAUAUUAUGAUCUAAGGACUAAGAUUAAUAAUUUAAGACCGUGGUUAUCACUCAUUAAUUCGCCUAUAAUUACUCUAUAAUGGUCGGCGUUCUUAACAAAUACAAAACUAUGAUAAUAGCUAAUAAUUAUAGAAUUAUAAAAAAAAAAAAUGUCAUUGAAUCGUAGUGAAUAAUAUUUUGUUUUGCCCCUUUACGACUUUUUAUCCGUUUUCCGCGACUCCGUCAUCAACGGAUUCGCUUCUCGUCGUUCAAUGCUGCGACGGUUGGCAUUGCCGACCGCGUCCGUCGUCGUUUCACACAGCGUCUACAUCGAUCGGCGUCCGGCUGCAGCAGCUGUACCUUGCAGCUGUAGUUUGCAGCUGUCUACAUAAGCAUCAUGACAAGUUAUAUCGUGCAUUCAUCCAUGGCACAUUAUCAAGCAGCGGCAGCUGCCCGCCGGCAGCCGGCUAGACGGUGUCUGGCAGCUGCUGCGUAGAAAACUCAUUAUUCACAUCGCAGGCACCCCUCGAGCAGAUGCGCGAUUGGCUCUUGCAAUAAUAUUAUUUUCUCUGUGCAGUCUGCUCCCAGCCAGCCGUCCUCUUGUUUGUUGUCGUUUACAUUAAACAUUUUGUCGUUCGGCUCGGACCAGGGUGGUUGUCGUGCAACUAAUAUGAUUGUACUGCGACCACCUUGGUCUGGAUUUUGGACUGCCGAACAUGUUUGUUCGCGUGCGGAAUCGAACGCCGUUCAUAGUCAACAUCAAUGUUUCCUUACGUCAAUCGAUACGGGCGGAAGAGCAUUCAAGAAGGCAGUCAACCUUGGUCUGGACUUAGGACUGCCAAACAUUUUUGUUCGCGUGCGGAAUCGAAUGUCUGGUGAAAGUCAACAUCAAUUCUUUCAUACGUCAAUUGAUAUGGGCGUAAGAGCAUUCAAGAUGGCAGCCAAGAUGACUCACUCAAUCUCAAACCUGAUCCAUUGUUUUCACAUUCUGCUGUGGUUAUGGUAAUUUAAUCCAAAACAAAUCCAUUUUCGUAUGCGUACCUACUUCAGAAAUAUAAUUACCCCGAUUCUGUAGCAACCCUACUCCAAGACUAAC